UUUAAACCUCGCACGGGGAAGGCUUUCGCCGCCCCGGACGACGCUUUCCAAUCCACGCCGCCGGCGGCACCGCUUUCGCCGGAGGGGUAAAGCAGCUCGGGGUGGUGGUGGAAACCAAAAGGGGGGCUGGCCCCGCCGAACCUCGCACGUACGAACGCCCACCCACCCACCCCGCCGGGGGUCAAAGCCGGAGCGUUCCCCCUCGCCAAAGACGCGAGCCCGUCAGCCGGUCAAGCGAGCCCGCCCGCCCGCCUUCGCUGCGCUUUGGCCGAGCUCGGCCGCGCUCGCUUGAGGAGGGUCUCCCCGCCUAAAACCUCCCGGCCCCGCCACAGCCGGUCAAGGGGGGUCGCGUGAGAAGGAGGAGGAGGAGGAGGAGGAGAGUCGUCUUCGGAGAAGCCGCCGACGCCGACGCGCUCUUUCCUCAGCCCGCCCGGAUUUCCGAAAAGUUGCCAAGAAGCGAGAGCGGCAAAAAGAGUCGCCAAGAGCCCGGCAGGAGGCGAGCUCUCGCCGGCUUCGGCCCACAGAGCUUCGGCUUCCCCGGCUCCGCUUGCCUCGUGCGGACCCUCCUCGGCCGUCUCGGUUUUUCGCCUCUGCCGCCGCUCCGAGCAGCCGCCAAGCUGGACGACCGGCGGAAAGGCGAGCCCAGGAGGAUGGAGGAUGAAGCUGUCCUGGACAGAGGCGCUUCUUUCCUUAAGCACGUCUGCGACGACGAGGAAGUAGAAGGUCACCAUACGGUAUAUAUUGGUGUUCAUGUUCCCAAGAGUUAUCGGAGAAGAAGGCACCACAGAAGGAGGCCGAAGGAAAGGAAAGAAAAGGAGAAAAUCACCGAAUCCGAUGCGGAAAAUAUCGAUGAGGUUGGCGGGCACAUCCUCAAGCCACUGAUCUCUCCCGCCGCCGAGCGCAUCCGUUUUAUCUUGGGAGAAGACGAUGACAGCCCGGCACCACCACAGCUCUUCACAGAACUGGAUGAACUUCUACCUGUGGAUGGGCAAGAGAUGGAAUGGAAGGAAACGGCCAGGUGGAUAAAAUUUGAGGAGAAAGUGGAGCAAGGAGGAGAGAGAUGGAGUAAACCCCAUGUUGCCACGUUGUCGCUUCACAGUUUGUUUGAACUGAGAACAUGUAUAGAGAAAGGCUCUAUUCUGUUGGAUCUGGAGGCCUCAACACUCCCUCAAGUCGUAGAGAUGGUCGUGGACAACCAGAUCGACACAGGCCUGCUAAAGCAAGACAUGAAGGACAAAGUCAUCUACACGCUGCUCAGGAAACACCGGCACCAGACCAAAAAAUCCAACCUCCGAUCGUUGGCCGACAUUGGGAAGACCGUCUCCAGUGCAAGUAGGAUGUUAACCAACCCUGAUAAUGGUAGUCCAGCCUUGACACCCAGAAACCUGACAUCCUCUAGUUUGAACGACAUCUCUGACAAACCUGACAAGGAGCAGCUGAAGAACAAAUUCAUGAAGAAGUUACCUCGGGAUGCUGAGGCCUCCAAUGUGCUGGUUGGAGAAGUCGACUUUUUGGAAAACCCUUUUAUUGCCUUCGUGCGGUUACAACAAGCAGUCAUGCUUGGCGCUCUGACAGAAGUCCCCGUACCCACUCGGUUCCUGUUCAUUUUGCUGGGCCCAAAAGGCAAAGCAAAAUCCUACCACGAAAUUGGUCGCUCCAUUGCCACUUUGAUGUCGGAUGAGGUAUUUCACGACAUAGCCUACAAAGCCAAAGACAGGCAGGACCUGAUCGCUGGGAUUGAUGAAUUUCUGGAUGAAGUAAUUGUGCUUCCUCCUGGGGAGUGGGAUCCCGCCAUAAGGAUAGAGCCUCCCAAGUCUCUUCCGUCUUCUGACAAAAGGAAAAACUUGUACGCAGGUGGCGAGAAUGUCCAGAUGAAUGGAGAUACCCCUCACGAGGGAGGAAAUGGAGGAGGGGGACACGGGGAUUGUGAGGAAUUGCAGCGAACUGGCAAAUUUUUUGGGGGUUUAAUCAAAGACAUCAAGAGGAAGGCCCCUUUCUUUGCCAGCGACUUCUAUGAUGCCUUCAACAUCCAAGCCCUCUCUGCUAUCCUCUUCAUUUACCUGGCGACGGUAACCAACGCCAUCACUUUCGGAGGCCUGCUGGGAGAUGCGACAGAGAACAUGCAAGGUGUGUUGGAAAGCUUUCUGGGCACAGCCGUUACAGGAGCUGUUUUUUGUCUAUUUGCUGGCCAGCCACUUACUAUUCUGAGCAGCACUGGACCUGUUUUGGUCUUCGAACGGCUUUUAUUUAACUUUAGCAAAGACCAUGGCUUUGAUUAUAUGGAGUUUCGUCUCUGGAUCGGCUUGUGGUCAGCCUUCCUGUGUUUGAUCUUGGUUGCUACCGAUGCUAGCUUCUUAGUUCAGUACUUCACCCGGUUCACAGAAGAAGGCUUCUCUUCUCUGAUCAGCUUCAUCUUCAUCUAUGAUGCCUUCAAGAAGAUGAUCAAACUCGCCGAUUAUUAUCCCAUUAAUUCCCAUUUUAAAGUGAAUGAUAUUACACUUUAUUCCUGUACCUGCGAACCACCAGAUCCAGUGAAUAGUUCGUUAAUCAAUGAGACGGUCAUGUUAUCCCCAUCUUCGCUCAGUGAAAUGCACAAUGAUACCAUUGAAUGGUCAUCCCUGACCAAGAAGGAAUGCUUGAAGUUUGGAGGAGAGCUCUUGGGGAAUAAUUGCAAAUAUGUCCCUGACAUCACACUCAUGUCCUGCAUCCUCUUUUUGGGAACCUACACAUGCUCCAUGGCUUUGAAGAAAUUCAAGACCAGUCGUUAUUUCCCAACCACUGCAAGAAAAUUGAUCAGUGAUUUUGCCAUCGUCAUUUCUAUUCUGAUUUUUUGUGGAAUCGAUGCUCUGGUCGGUGUCGAUACACCAAAACUUCUUGUGCCAAGUGAAUUCAAGCCAACACAUCCAGAUAGAAGCUGGUUUAUCACACCAUUUGGAGGCAACCCUUGGUGGGUAUACCUGGCCGCAGCUAUUCCUGCUCUCCUGGUCACCAUCCUCAUCUUCAUGGACCAGCAAAUCACAGCUGUGAUUGUCAACCGUAAAGAGCACAAGCUGAAGAAAGGUGCUGGAUAUCACCUGGAUCUGUUCUGGGUGGCUGUGUUGAUGAUCAUCUGUUCCUUCAUGGGUCUGCCUUGGUAUGUUGCUGCUACUGUGAUUUCCAUCGCUCACAUUGACAGUUUGAAGAUGGAAACAGAGACCUCGGCACCUGGCGAACAACCCAAGUUUCUGGGAGUUAGGGAGCAGAGAGUGACUGGAUGUAUCGUAUUCCUUCUGACAGGCAUUUCGGUGUUCAUGGCACCCAUCUUGAAGUUUAUUCCCAUGCCUGUCCUGUAUGGUGUGUUCCUCUACAUGGGUGUUGCAUCUCUCAACGGAGUGCAGUUCAUGGAUCGUCUGAAGCUGCUCCUGAUGCCUCUGAAGCACCAGCCUGACUUUAUCUACCUGCGGCAUGUCCCCCUCCGCCGAGUCCACCUCUUCACCUUCCUUCAAGCCUUGUGCUUGGCUCUCCUUUGGGUCUUGAAGUCUACAGUAGCUGCUAUCAUAUUCCCUGUCAUGAUCCUCGCCCUUGUGGCAGUCAGGAAGGGGAUGGAUUAUCUCUUCUCCCAGCAUGACCUCAGUUUCCUUGACGACGUCAUUCCAGAAAAAGACAAGAAGAAGAAAGAAGAUGAAAAGAAGAAGAAGAAAAAGAAAGGCAGCCUGGACAGCGACAACGACGACUCUGACUGUCCCUUCACGGAAAACGUGCCCAGUAUUAAAAUCCCGAUGGACAUCAUGGAGCAGCAACCUUUCUUGAAUGAUGGGAAGGCUACUGAGAAAGAAAAAGCAACAUUCCUUGAGCGCCAUACAUCAUGCUGAUCAAAUUCCUCACUUCCAUUCCUACAUGCCAAGGCCUCUGAAAAAUCCUGACGGAUGUUGUGCCUCAGAUUAGAAUAGAGCUCAGCCCUGAAGACCAUGCCUACUUUCGGAAUAGCAAGGGAACAGAACACACUUUCUUUCACAACUGCGUCUUCAUCCUUUAUGGCAGGAGCUUUCCUCAAAAACCUGCGACACUU